GCGGCGAGAGAGGGCUGCGAGGUGAAGGAGGGAGGAGGGCGGCGAGGAGGGAGGCGGGGGCCUCAGAGGGGAAGGAGGGAGCAGAAGGGCGGGGCACGGAGGCCCGGGCCAGGGACAAGGCUCCAACUCUGACUUUUUCGGCGGCUCUUGGAGACAGGAUUCGGAGGACGCAGGUGCUACACCGAUAGUCCUACUCAGUGUGGGACCCAAGAGCCGGUCUCCCGCAGUCUGCAUCCUGCCCCAAGGAACACAAGAGUCUGGGACUGGACCUCUUCCUCCCUGAGAGACACAAGAGUUUAGUCCCAGACACUCCUCGCGCAGACCCAGACGUUCAGACCCCAACCUCCUCCCUCGGUCUCCCCCGCCUCGGUCCCAGGCUUAUGACCCUCCACCUAAAGCUGCCCCACCCCUAGGCUUCCAUCGCAGCCAUGUCGCUCCUCCUGUUGGUGGUCUCUGCCCUUCACAUCCUCAUCCUCAUCCUGCUUUUCGUGGCCACUCUGGAUAAGUCCUGGUGGACUCUCCCUGGGAAAGAGUCCCUGAAUCUCUGGUACGACUGCACGUGGAACAACGACACCAAAACGUGGGCCUGCAGUAACGUCAGCGAGAACGGCUGGCUGAAGGCAGUGCAGGUGCUCAUGGUACUGUCCCUCAUCCUGUGCUGCCUGUCCUUCAUCCUGUUCAUGUUCCAACUGUACACCAUGCGGCGCGGGGGGCUCUUCUACGCCACCGGCCUCUGCCAGCUCUGUACCAGUGUAGCAGUGUUUUCCGGGGCCCUGAUCUACGCCAUCCAUGCCGAGGAGAUUGUGGCAAAGCACCCGCGCGGGGGCAGCUUCGGGUACUGCUUUGCGCUGGCCUGGGUGGCCUUCCCCCUGGCACUGGUGAGCGGCAUCGUCUACAUCCACCUGCGGAAGCGGGAGUGAGCCCUCCGCCCACUGCCCAGCCGAAUCCUCCGGAGAAUAAAACCAUUUCACCGGG